AGCUCUAGCCUACUCCGCCCCGAAACACAAGUUAGGCAAAAUUACGACCCUCUUCGGCUCGGUCUUCGGUGACUGAAAGCACGAUUCCGUACUUUUAGUGAGUCAAAGCGAGUUGUUAACGUUCCGAUUUCAGAGGCAGAUUUGCCUACGUUUCUCAAGCACAGAUGUGACCAAUCCGCGUCGUUUUCUUUGCGUCCCUCUUCCGUCUGUGUGAAGUUAGUUUUCACUGCAAUCCCUUCAAACAUUGUCCAAGAAAGGAUUAUCGACAUUUUUUUCUCUUAACUUGUUCGAGGUCAAGCCGCCAGCAAAUAGAAGAGGCCAUAGCUUACGUCAGAAAUUCCACUUGGCACAUUGAGACUCUCUUCCUGUUUGGAGCCUCUUAGAGGAUAUUGGCUUUGUUGGAGGCGGGGGUGAAGAAGGGCGGGUCAACACACUGAAACAGUUGCACUGGCCCAUUGCUUCCAGUCAUGCUCAUGUAUGAUUAUCCAAUAAAGGACAUGGAGACGAAAAUGUCCUUCCCGCUUCCUGCAAUCACGUCAGAUCAAACAACCUCCAGACCAUGAAUACGAAAUGAAAUGAUAGUAUUAUGGGAAGGUCAGGACCAGGCUACCACUCUAUUGCAUUGCAGACAACUCAAAAAAGGGGCCAGAUGCUAGAUGAAAAAGUGGACAUAUCCUUUAAGGGAUAAAAGAGUUGGCAUCUGUGUCAAAGAACUGACUUUAUUCAUAGAAUACCACUUCAUUUGCAUAUCAUUGCUAGUUCUCAUUAAAAAAAAACAUAUUGGAGUUAGGGGUGUCUCUGUUUUACAUUAAUAUUUCUUUUGUAAGUGGACUUUCAAUCAGCCCAGAUAAGUUAAAAAAGCAAAGGGAAAGAGCAUCUGGAGAGUUUAUUGUGGGGUGUUUUGUAUUUAGAGUUUGGGUGUUUGGGUAUAUUUUUUGUCGCUGUAUAACUGCCUUUCAUAUCUGUGUGAUUUCACAACAGCAUAUUCGUGUUCAUUGAUAUGAAGUUUGUCAGAGCUAUUUUUUUUAGUAUUUGCAUCAUUUGUAUGUCUCAAGCGAACCCCAACAGCAACAAUACAACAAAACACAACAAUAAAUCAUAGCGAUAGCAAUAGGAUUUGUAUAGCACAUUAUCAUACAUAACUGUCUUUCAACGAGCUAAAAAAGAAAGAAAGAUAAGACAGAAGAAAAAAAAUAUUGUAGAAAGUAAAAUCAGUCCGUUAAAGAAAAUACAAACAUGAUCAGACAAACCUUAAUUGUUAACCUUAACUGAAGGUAUACUGACACCUUUAUUGAUAACUAAGCUUAAAUCUAAAACUGAGUAUGCUCACAGUUACAUGUUAAGAUCAAACAUGUCAAAUAAAGACAAAGUUCUCUAGAAAGGUCAACAUUAAGAUUGUCUAUCUACUGUAUGUGGAUAUUCAAUAUACCAGCUACUAUGAAGAAUCAUGUCAACUAGUUAUGUUGUUCCUGUUCUUUUAAAGGAACCAUGUGUACAUCUUUCAUAAUUCCUUUCCCCCUCUUUCAUUAUUCCUUUAGUCUGUUUUCCAAGGUCACACUUCAGUAAUGAAGUCUCAAAUGGAAGGUUACAGUGUCAUCUUCCCUCCUCAUGUAGGCCUGGCAGGCACUGGGCAUCUUUACCCAUCUCGCUACCCAGGUCAAGCUCACGGUCAACCCCUCUACUCAGCCCACUAUCCUUUUCAGAGCUACACAACCACUGCCCAGUCUGAAGGCCAGACCCUCAUUUCCACCCAGGUAGAACCUGUAGAUCUCUCCCUUAGUAAAAGCUCCUCCUCCUCGCCACGUUCGGCAUCUCCCCCUUCCCCUUCCUCCACUCAAAGCUGUCCAUCCCCUUCUCCUGCAUAUAGUAGCCAACCCACACACGCCAGCACACAUAGCCAUAGUCAGGCAAUCACCUGCUCCAGUUCCAGCUGUGGCUCUGCUUCUCAAUCUUCAGCAGUGAUGGCCAUGCCCUUUCCAGCCAUGAUGCCUGUCUUGCAUUCCCCUUCUGGAAUGAUUCCUGUCAUUCUACCCAUCAUGUACCCCUCUUCCAUACACCCGCCAGUCAUAUUGUCCCCCAUUGACCCGGAUGAGAAGCACGGAGGGGCAGUUGUAUCCACACAUAAAUAUGCCCCCAUCAUACCAACUGACAGCAGGGAGCCAAUGAAAACAAUGAAAUCAGAGUCUGGCUGUUCUUCUGAACCUGACGAGGAAGUAACAUCUUCAGUUAUGAAUGGGCACUUUUCAUAUGAGAAAGGCUCCCCAUCCAUGCUCAUUCAUUCCUCCAAACCUCAACCUGUGGAGUCCCCAGAUGCACUGAAGAAACGGCGUAUCCAUCGUUGUGAUGUUGGAGGGUGCAAUAAAGUCUACACCAAGAGCUCCCACCUUAAGGCACACAGACGAACUCACACAGGAGAGAAGCCAUACAAGUGCAUGUGGGAAGGCUGUACAUGGAAAUUUGCACGUUCAGAUGAGCUCACACGACACUUCCGCAAACACACUGGUAUCAAGCCUUUUCAGUGUCCCGACUGUGAGCGCAGCUUCUCUCGUUCUGAUCACUUGGCCCUGCACAGGAAACGUCAUCUUUUGGUCUAAAUCAGAAGUGCCUCUUUCUUUUUUAGAUUUUAGUGCCUUCAUUGUGACAGGACAAUGAGAAUGCAACAGGACUUGAAUUAGGGAACCAUGUGGUAUAGGAGCUCUAUGCAGUCCACCACAGCAGUGGCAUUCGCUUUUGGCUAUUGGUGUGAUGCUUAUUAUCGGCGUGGUGCAUAGCUACCCCCCCUUAGCUACCUCUACUACUGGUAUGAUAAUUGUAUGUUCUAACUCAAAUUCCUUUCUGGUCCAUGCAUCAUUCAUUCAAAGUGUUUUUCUAUUCAUGUAAAAAAUCAAGAGACUAAAAAUGAGACUUACACUUAAGUAUUCUCUCACCCCUCCAAAUGAUCAGAAUCAGGUGUCCUAAUCCCUUGUCCUGACCAAAGGUGUAUGAAAUCAAGCACCUAGACAUGCAGACUGUUUUUACAAACAUUUGUGAAAGAAUGGGCUGCUCUCAGGUGUCCAGUGAACUCCAGUGUGGAACUGUCAUAGGAUUCCACCUGUGCAACAAAUAAUGUCAUGAAAGUUCCUUGCUCCUAAAUAUUCCACACUCAUCCGUCAGCUUUAUUAUAAGCUAUAUGCUUUUUUAUUGGCUGAUUGAGUGGAAUUGGUCAAGCGUGCGUGUAAGUUAGCUGCGCAUAGAGUCUUCGUUUGGAAUGUCGACGGUAUUGUAAAAGUAUGAAUCUUUUACCCCACUCUUAAUCCCAGCCAAAACGGGCCAGUAGUGGUUCAUUCAGCAGAUACGCAUUGUUAUCUUAAAACACAGAAAUGGCAAAUGGCAUGAUACAGAUGAGGAGAUGCAAAUGAAUCAACGUUAUGACAAUUCAAUCAUCAACUGCAAGGUAACAUUACAUUUAACUCAAGGCUACUGUAGGUUGCAUAGGAUACAGUGAAAUCAAAUACAGUUUACCCAAGAUAGAUAGACAGAGUGAGAGAACGAAAGAGGGGGAGAGAGAGAGAGAAAGACAGAGUUUGGAGCCCUUCAAAGGUAGGAAGCGACUCCCAGAGGAAUCUCUGAGGUGAGUUUAAAUACUACAAAGCCCCACACCAAAAGUGUCCUUUGUCUUACUAGGGCCAGUGGCACCAUGGGGGUGUGAGCCCACCACACCUAGAAUGGCAUGGGGGGUGGUCUUCUAAGUCAACUUUACCAGAUAACAGCAACAGUAACAGCAACAAUAUAAUUUCUGGGUCAUCAAACAAUCUCCAUUCUUGCAGUAUCUAAGGGAUAACGCUGUAGAAACCAUGCACAUGAUCUAUGGAAAAUUAGAUCAUCACAGCAUCGGCAUUCCGAUCGAAGAUUCUAGGCGUGUCUAAGUUUCACGCCCAUGUAACGACGUGUCUAGUCUAUCUUGCUCACUAGAUUCUGGUGCAGUUGGCAUGGUUCCUACAACUUUACGAUAAAAAAAAAUAAAUACCCUACCCUAAUGGCAGAUGAGCAGGGUAACAGCCUUCGAGGUCGACCGGUUCCACGAAGUUAAUGGCUUGGGGAGGCAACUCCGUCUCCAUCCUGCGCAUGUUGCUGGAGUUUUAAGCCGCCACCUCGCCAUUAACUUCAUGGAACCAGUCACCUCGUUGACCGUUAUCCCUUACAAAAUGGAAUAGUUUGGGAACAACCGCAACUCAGCCACGAAGGGGUAGGCCAUUUUAACUGCUGGAGAGGGUUCAGCGGAUGGUGCAGCGUUUAGUGCAAAGAGGUGGUCGACUUUCUUUACAGUCAAUUGACUCUGGCUUCAAACUGCUCAACUUUUACAAACUGGUGAGGGAGGACCUGGAUUUUUGCCCAGUGCACUGUUUGUUCUCCUGAUUGGUGAUGGCCACAAGUCCAUAGGCUACACAAAUGGUUCUCUUUCAGGUCUCGAAACACUUCUCUGCAAAUAUCACAGUAUUCACAUGAUGACUACAAGCACAAUGCCAUUUGGGCAGAAAAGCCUGCCCAUCCUGUAAAAACUAUAGCCAAGUCAGAUAUGGCCUUGACCCCGGUGCACAUCAUGUAGCGUGCGUCACCCAGAUGCCUUCAGGCCAGGCUACUUGACAUUUCAUGAUGUAGUCAUCAGUUGAAACACAUAAAAAGAUGAAAUAUUCACAAGAUCGUUUUUUGUCUUCAAAUGAGUAUUACUUGACCUGAACAUCAUAUAUAAUACUACGAAAUUGUGUUUUUUCCCCCCCUUUAUUGACAGUCUGGACGAAUUGUGCAUGGACCACCCUACUGUUUGUUUGUUUUACUUUUCUAUUGCCCACUUGUAUAUUCUCGCCCGCUUGUAUAUUGUCCUCUUUCGCAAAUGUAUCUUUUCAUUUACAAAGAUCUAGACCUCCUCUGCUGGCCAGAUAACAAACACAUAAAAAGUUAUAUACGCCCCACCCACCCCUAAAUGUGAAUCUUUGCCCAGCUAAUGUGUUUAAAUACAUGUAAAAAAAAAAAAAAAAAAGAUCCUGUGUCAAUUAUAAAUGGAAAUGUUUCAUUAACAUAUUAAUGUAAUCGUCUUGUUUGUCCACAUCUAUCUAUUUAUUUUUGGUUAUGUCAAGCUAUGGCCCAUUGUAUUUUAUUUUUUACCCUGAAGGGGAAAAGGGCAUUUACUUGUUGUCCAAAAUGUGAAAUAUUUUGAAAGGGCAUUAUUGUUAGAAGACCUGAAUGAUGGUUUUGUUGAUGUUGUGGUUGCAUGUAUUACUGCAUGUAUGACACGGAAUUAUAGUAGGUCUAUACAGGGAUAUCACUUCUCGUAUGUUCUGAGCGUUUCUGGGUAAGAGCUUUGUAAGUCAUUUUGAUUGUUUUUGUGCACUUUAAAAUUUGAUUACACAGAAGUAAAGGUUUUAUUGGAUGAAAUAUUGUACUGCAUAGCUUCUGGGAGGCAAUGUUCACAGCCUUAUAUUGAGUCAAACAUACACAUUGUUCCAAAUUAUUAUGCAAAUGACAUUUUUCACUGAUUUACUAAAUUGUCGCCAUCAAUGACUGAAUCAUUUUCAAGUCAUCAACAAUUUAAGUUCACAUCACGUCUUUGAAUGAAUGUUUCAAUGAUAACAGUAUUCUUAAAGAGCAAUCUUUUUUCAAAUUAUUACAGAACUUAGAGGAACUCUUCUGCACAAUAAAUUGGAACAGUGCAUUUUAAUGCAUUUACAUCUUCACAGAUUCCUCUAAUAAAAAUAUCUAUACAUUUUCAAUACAAAUAGUUGAUUAGAUUUUUAUUCUACUAAUUGUAUGUUUUUAAAACUAAUUGCAAGUAUACAUUUCCACAGAGUGAGAAUAUCAGUUUAUAUGAAAACUAUAUAUUUCCACAGUGAACUGAUCUGGAGCAAAUUACCAAACUGUGAAUCGCAUUUACUGUACUUAAUGACAAAUCAUAUUCAAUAAAUAUAUUGGUUUAUUUUCCAUCUAAAUGUUCUUUUUUUCAGUAUUCGUAACAUAGCACAGACUCAGUA